UUAAUGUGUUUGUUAAGGUGUUUACAAAUAGCCUGUUUCUAGUACAUAUGGAUCUGGCCCAUUCUCAAGAAGAAGUAGAUCCCAAGUAUUUGUGGACUGGUCCAGAUGGAAAAAAUUUAGAAGGGCGAAAGAAUGUGAAUCUUGCAGAAAAGGGAAAGCUAAUGGUGAUGGCUUUUACGGAGACUAUGUCUGGAGCCUACACUUGCACUCUUCCUCACGAGGAGAAGGAGAAAUGUUUCAGGCAUAUAAGUUUAUGGUACAUGGUAUCUGAGUUCAUUGCAGUGUGUUCUUCAACACGUGUACAUGGAUCUUUUUUACCCCCACCCAUCGUCAAUCCUUUUGCACCAGGAUGGGAAGAAGUUUCCCACCAGGUUCCUCAUGACUGUGAAGAUGCAACGAGUGCAAGAGUUCAAGAGGCAAGAGAUCAGCUUGGAGAGGUUUUCAGCAAGCAUACGUGUGCUUUGAAGCAGGAAUUUCCAACUGUUCCUACAACACACAAUGUGGACACAGUUACUCACACUGACAGUUGUCGACCAGGUUUUGGGAAAAACGACAUCACCCCAAGAACCGUCACUAUGCUUUGUGAUCCCAGAACUCACAGUCCCAACAACGGAGCGACCUGCCAGAUUUGUACAAGGCCUCGAGUCAAAAAGUACGGAGCAAGAUCUCGCUAA